UUUUCCAAAUAUUUAAUAAGAACUGCUGACAGUUUGUUGACAUAAACUCUGUUUUUUAGGGAAUAAGACUGUAAAUUUGUAUUUAAAAUGUACGCUUGUCGCCUAAUGGCACGAAGUCAAAAUGGAAGCAGACUGAUCCUGAGGCAGCUGCUCAUCCAUAAACCGCUGAACUCGGCUCGCCUGCUGGCUAGCAAAGGAUCGAAGGAUGUUAUGGCUAGUGGACCCACUACAAUUGGUCCUGGUGGUAAUAUCCUGGUGCCGCCAGUCACCCUAAAAGUGACACCCUUUCGCCCACCCCCCGAUUUGCCCUAUGAUGAUCGCAAUAUGUUGAUGGGACGCGCGUUGUCGCCCCACUUGUCCAUCUACAAGAUCCAACUGACUUCGACCUUGUCGGCAUUCUUGCGUAUUAGCGGCUUUGUCCUGGCGGUUUUCGUUUGGUUCCUGGGCAUCGGAGGACUCGUCCUGCAAGGAGAUAUGGAGGGAUUUGUGAAAAAGGUCGAGAAAUGCGACUGUCACGGCCUUGUGACGAUGACCAAGGUGAUGGUGGUGAUGCCAUUUGCCUACCAUUUGGUGGCCGGCACCCGGCAUAUGAUCUGGUACUUGAACAAAUUUCUCACGAUCCCAGAGAUCUAUGCCACCGGCUAUGUGGCUGUGGCUCUGUCCAUUGCCCUGGCUGCUGGCUUACUAGCCGUGAAUGUCGGCGAAAAACCCAAGGAGGAGGUUGUGGAUCUCAGCAAGCCAUUGAAAAAGGGCCAAAAGGCCCCUCCGAAAAAGGACGAGAAGAAGGAUGCCAAGAAAGAUGCAAAGGAUCCUAAAAAAGAUGCCAAGGGCAAAAAGAAGGAAGACGAGGGCAAGAAAUGAUCAUGUGGGAAUUUUUUUAUAACAAAAUAACGAAUUCAUUGAUGUUACUCUGAAGAACAGCAGAUCUAUAAAGAAGCGAAAUUUCAAUGUUUAUUAAAUG